UUGUCAACCGGUGCCCACACUGGGUGAAAUUCAUGAUGAUCUGUCUCAGAAAAGUGAGAGUGAGCAGCCACAGUUUCUUUCUGAAGAUGAAGAUGAAGCUGAUCCCGACCUCAGUCUAGAUCAGGAGCAGGAGCAGGAACAGGAUCAAGAGUAUAGCAACAGUGAAGAGACUGUUACAACACCUACAAGGAAAAAGGACAUUAAGAAGGAGUCAACCCCUCUACACAAGCAGGAGUUUCUAGACAAAUCAGAAGAUGUUCUCUUGAAGCACCAAGCCAGCAUCAACGAGCUGAAGAGGGCCCUGAGGGAGCCCAAUAGUAAACUGGUGAACCGGGAAAAGCGUCUGUCAGGGACAUCCCCAGGCGACACUCCAGAGAAGAAGGCAGACUCUGAAGAAUGGGUGUUACUCAACUAUGAAAUGGAGGAGAAAGGAAAGUACAAAGCUAUUACACCUCCAACUCCUCUGGUCAUUGAUCCCCUUCCAAAGGAGGAGACAGAAAAACAACAGGAAAUUACCAAGAUGACACACAUUGAGCUAAUUAGAGAGGACGGUGAUGAGACACAAUUGCACAUGAAGACUUUUGCAUCCUCAAAAUUAUCACUAAUGGAAAAGUCAGGUGAAUCUAAGGAAAAUAUCAUCACAGGGGAAGAUGUCACAACUAAGAUUAAAUCUAAAUUGUCUCAUGAAAUAUCAAAAAAAGAGCCUACACCACUUGCUGAGUCUCGACCUAACAACAAGAAGAAUACCAUUACGGACAUCAUGGGGGAGAGUUCUCAACAUACAGUUGGAAGAGAGAAAAUACCUCAAAGCUUAAACUUGGGGAAGUUGAGUGACUUUGUGUAUGAGACAAAAGACAAAGAUUCAAACAUCACACAUGAUAGUGUAGAGUCUGAUGAGGACAAUAAUGCUGAACUUAUAAAGGCGACUGUGAUCUGUCAUCCUGAAAAUUUCAGCUCAACAACAGACACAUGGUCAUCAUCUAUGCCUGAAAAGCUAAAUCAGCCAGCCACAAAUACAUAUGCUGCACCACUGCUUAGAGAAAGCACAGAGUUUGACAGAGUAGUGGAAAAAGACAUGCAGAUUCCCAAUCAGGGAGCAAUAAAGAUUAUGUAUGAAAGUUUGCAUGAUGCAAGAAAAUCUGAUGGUGCAAGAAAGUUUGUAGAAUGUCAAGAGCAGUUAUCCAACGACGUGAAGAUUAUGAACACUGAAGACAAACAAGAAAACCAAGUUUCAGUCUGUGGCCCCGGCAAAGAUGAGAUGAAAAGAGUCAAGACUGAUAUCAGAUUUGAAGUCAUGAAAGUCAUCAUGUUUGAUCAUAGCGAGAACGAAGCAAAAUCUGGCAAAGCAAAGAAGAAAGAAAUUGAAGAGUUGGGUCUUGAAAAGAAGAUAAGCAAUUUUGAACUGGAGGAAUCUGCAGGAAUCCAACUGGCCAUGGAACUGAGAAAGACCAGCCAGAGAUUAACUAGACAUGUGAGAACAGAUAUAACAAGAAUUGUUCCAUUAAAACCUGAGAGAAUGAGCCAAGGCUACAAAGAUGAUCUAGAUAUUGGUCAAGGCUCUGAACUAAUGAAAGGAAAUUUUAAAAGAUAUAGUAUUAAUGAAUCUUUUGUGAGACACUUUGACCCCUGUAAGUUCGAGAGCAGGGACACUAACUAUUCCCAUGCAAACUGCACCACAAGUCUAGUGAAAGCUUUAGCUAUGAAAGACAUCUGUGUGUGCUCGGAGCAUCAAGUGAUAAAGUGUCUUGAGAGUUCACCAAAAGAAAGGGGUAUAAGGAAUGAAGACACCACAAAACAUACCAGCAGAAUAGUCCACAGAGAUCUUCUGCAUACUGAUGAGGGAAUUUCAGAACUUCACUUCUCCAGACACACAGUCAACCAAAAAAAUACCCCUCCAACACCUCCAGUCAAAACAAAGAAAGCAAGAGAAUCAGGUCUAUUUCUGCGCAAUAGUUGCAAUUUCAGCAAAGACCCAACUCUUGAAGCCAACAAAAAGAACCUUCCGGAGCCUCUGUCCACUAUUUCUCUUCUUGAAGACCCACAAUAUGCUGUUAAGCAGUCUCACUCUGCCCUGGAGGACGACUAUAAUCGUGAGUUUGCUGGCUUGAAGGACACCUACCUGGCCAUCGAGAGGAAAUGUUCAAGUAUGACUGUCAGCUCCAUUUCAAACCUGGAAGCUGAGGUGGAUUUCACUGUCAUUAUGGACUUACACAGUGGCGUGGAGGAAUUUUCUAGAGGCAUGACUGAGCUGGUUGAGAAGGACAAAGUAGAGCUGGGCAGGGAGAGUUUUGACAACACUCCCUGGUCUCACUCCACCUGUCACAUGAAUUUGCAAGAUGUAUCACCUGGAAGAGAACAUUUCCUUGAAGGUUGUGGUCGUCAAGAUAUAGAACCUCCCCCUGUUGCCAAGAAAGACCCCAGUGCAGUGAGUGCAGCCCAGAUGUUGAGAAAAGGAGAAGUUAAAAUGGAACUGCAUUCUAAUGGCUCUGAGGCUCCUGUCAAAGACAUCUCUGAUCAUAAACUGGAAGAGAGCAGAGUUAAGGAGGCAAAAGAGAAUGAGUCCCCUGUAAGGUCAAACAGUCUAGAAAGAAACUUUGUUGCUCCUCCUCUCACCGUCACUAUGGAAAACAUUACCUCAGCAACCACGACUCAAGUGACCAAGACAGUGAAAGGGGGUUAUGCAGAGACCAGGAUUGAAAAAAGGAUCAUCAUAACAGGAGAUGAUGAUGUGAAUCAACAUCAGGCUCUCGCCAUGGCAAUACAGGAGGCCAAACAACAGCACCCUGAUAUGCUGGUAACUAAGGCCAUAGUAGUCAGGGAAACAGACUCUUCAUAUGAAGAGAAACACAGAGCAUAUGAGUCUUGAUCAAUAGAAGGUGCUGUUUGGAACAUGGACAGAAGAUCAGCUCUGGUUCUAUGUAUUUCAGUUGAAAGGAGUUGUGCUACUUAUGCUACUGAACAGUUUGCUCAAAACAAAUCACCCAUGCACCCAGUCCUCUGCCAUCACACUCCACUCUGUCCAUCUUAGUGACAAUCUCCCAUCAUCUGGUGUCAAUACAAUGUUCUGUACCAUAUCAACAGUAGUCUGAAUUAUCUUUGGUCAUGCAUAAAUGUCAGUAGUUUAACAUUUAAUUUAGAGUGGAGUUAAAAAAAAAAAAAAAUGAUGAAAGUGUUGGAAAAUUAAUGCUGUCAUGCGUGCACAUCAGUCUGUGACAUUAGACUUAGUUCCUAGAAUUACCUUUUUUGAGCUCACAGCUUUUUUUAACUUUUCCUCAAAUUGGGAAAAAAAAAUCUUAAAGGGGUCAUAUGAUGCGAUUUCAAUUUUUCC